CAUUUGUUUAAUUGCAUAGUAAUAUUAAAAGCGUAAACUUACAAGUUUGAAUCACCUUACGUUAGGGGGGAAAAGUCGAGGAAAAUUUUUUACAAUUAAGGAAUAUUAUAUAAAAAUGGUUGGUGGUCCAGUCCAUGUCCAAUCCAAACGUGAAGCAAGAUAUAAUCCGAUGAAGAAACAAGUACAAACUGAAUACCGUCACCCGAGGGAUAAUGAGGCAAGUACUGCCAAUGAUGCCGCAGCAAAUCCAAUUUCAAUAUUAGUCAGAGAAUACAGUAUUUAUAUAUUCAAUUUGGCUGAUGAUGUUAUUGAAAACGAUUUAUGGAGAUUGUUUGGACCAUUUGGAGCUAUAAAAAAUGUCGCAAUUAUGAGAGACCCGAAAACACAUCAAAGUAAAGGAUUUGGUUUUGUAACAAUGAAAAAUUUAUCAGAAGCUGAAAAUGCAAUCGAUAUCCUUAAUGGUCAUGCAAUCAGAAAUAGGCCAAUGAAAGUCAGUUUUAAAGGAGCAAGAACCAAAUAUGAAGAUGAGGAAAAUCCAAUGGGAGAACCCGGAGCAUAUCAAAUUUAUGUUUUUAAUUUGUCACCAAACACUAUCGAAGAUGAACUAUGGAAAUUAUUUGCUCAAUUUGGAGCAGUAAAAAGUGUAAGCAUUGUUGUUGAUCAAAAAACGCAAAAAUCAAAGGGUUUCGCAUUCAUUACUAUGAAAAUCUUAGAAGAGGCACAAAAGGCUAUUCAAACAUUAAACGGAUUCAAAUUAAAUGGAAGAAAUUUAAUGGUUAGUUUCAAAGGACAACGUCCAGAUGAUCACGAAUUUAAUAAAAUGAAUCCAGAUGUCAUUCAAUCGGUGCCUAUUUAUAUAAAUUAUUUACCACAUGACAUUGAUGAUGGCACAGUUUGGAAAUUAUUUUCUCAAUUUGGUGCCAUCAAAGACGUUAAUAUUGUACGAGAUAGUGAAACAAGAAAGUGUUUGGGUUAUGCUUUUGUUAACAUGAAAAAUUUAGAGGAUGCUACAAUAGCUAUAAGUUCUUUAAAUGGAUUUGAAUUGAAUGGAAAACGUUUGCAUGUCAGUUUAAAAACGAAGAGGGUUAAAGAAUAAAAAUCAAUUUAUAUGUAAUAACAUUUAUUUAUAUUAAUCAUGAAUUAUACUUCAUAUUAAAUUAAAAUUUAGAUGUAACAUACCUGCAUAUAAAUUUUUUGGAAUCGUCAAUCUAAUAAAAAAACAUAUUUUGAAAAUAUAAUUAAAA